ACGAAAGUAACAUCUAUAGUCGCUGCCUGCUGGAGACGCUUUUACGGCAACAUUUCUGCAUUAAAGACGUGGCUAAAUGUCUCCUUAGGGGAAGGGAACUGGCUUGCUUGGCUAUACUUUCACUUCUGGGUUCCCAACACAAAUCCAGCAGGAAAGACGCGGGCUGUCGUCUUUAUCACUUCUGCAAAGACAGUCUUAUUGAAGUCAGUGGGUCUUCAAGUUCAGGCCCAGUCAUGACUGACUUGGAAAUUCAGAUACUUUGCACGGAAAGUUACGGCUCUCAAUCGGCUCGGCGUUACCAGGCCCUCCCUAAUGGAAAGCUAAGCUCUGUAACAGAUGCCUCUGAAGCCUGGCACUUUCGUUCACUCCAUCAUAUCUUCAUGUCCAUCUUCCUGCCCCAAGGUUAUCCUGAAAGUGUGAGCACGGACUACCUCGCCUACCAGUUCUGGGACACCAUCCAGGCCUUCGCAAGCAGCAUCACAGGGACACUGGCUACCCAGGCAGUGCUGAAGGGGGUGGGGGUCGGGGAUGAGACCUCCACCGUUGCAGCUGCCACUGUCACUUGGAUUCUGAAAGAUGGAACAGGAAUGUUGGGCCGAAUCGCUUUUGCUUGGAGCAAGGGGAGCAAACUGGAUUGUGAUGCUAAGCAAUGGAGACUCUUCGCCGAUGGGCUCAACGACGUGGCCAUCUUCAUGGAGAUUGUGGCACCAGCUUUCCCAGCAUGCUUCACACUCAUUAUCUGCACUAGUGGCUUUUUCAAGUGCAUUGUGGGUGUAGCUGGAGGGGCUACCCGUGCAGCUCUCACCAUGCACCAGGCCCGCCGGGACAACAUGGCCGAUGUAUCAGCCAAAGAUGGAAGCCAGGAGACCUUAGUGAACUUAGCUGGCCUACUCUUCAGUCUUUUCCUGAUCCCUCUUGUAGUGGACAAUCUUCUUCUUACCUAUGCCUUCUAUGCUCUCUUCACCAUCCUCCAUCUCUACGCCAACUAUCAAGCAGUGCGGGCAGUUUGCAUGGAGACCCUUAACCGUGCCCGGCUCCACCUGGUCUUGCAGCAUUACUUGAAGUGGGAAGAGGUUCCUAGUCCUGCUGUCAUCAAUCCUCAGGAGCCCCUUCUGCUAGGGUUUCAUCAGCAGCUCAAGAUAACUUUUGGAGCUCCUCUUCAUACAGUGACCUCCAGUGUUGCUGACUUCCAGAAAGCUCUUGAAGGCAAUGCUUCGAAUUACUUAAUUUUCUUCAACCAACCAGCAGGGCUGAUCUCUAUCCUACUCCAUCGGCAAGCAGACAGUGUGGAUGUGAUUAAAGCCUACACACACGCUCUUCUUCUAGAAGCCUUAAUGUAUCAAGAUAUGGAAACCUGUGCCUUGGAAAGAGAGUCCCUCCUGAGAUUGCAACAUCAGUUAUGUAAAGAACCCAGUAAAGAGGAUUCCAGGAUACAUUCCAAAAUGCAUCAGUUCUUAGACAGGAUAUUUCCGAAAUUCCUGGCAGGACUGACAGCCGCCGGAUGGGUAACUGAUCGGAACCUUCUGGGCCCCGAGGAGUGGCGGAUGGAAUGGCUCAGCGCUGAGAAGAAAAUGCUCUGAUUCUGAUUCUGGAAGAAUUUUUAUGCCAAGAACCUGAUUUAUUCAAUCCUAGAAGAGAAGGGGAUCCUGGUUUCCUUGGGGUUGUCUUUUACAAAGUCAACUGUAGAUUUGGAUUUGCCUUUUUUUUUUAAUUUGCAUUUAUAUCCCGCCCUUCUCCGAAGACUCAGAGUGGCUUACACUAUGUCAUGCAAUAGUCUUCAUCCAUUUGUAUAUUAUAUACAAAGUCAACUUAUUACUCCCAACAAUCUGGGUCCUCAUUUUACCUACCUUAUAAAGGAUGGAAGGCUGAGUCAACCUUGGGCCUGGUGGGACUUGAACCUGCAGUAAUUGCAAGCAGCUGCUGUUAAUAACAUAAUAUAACAUAACAACAGAGUUGGAAGGGACCUUGGAGGCCUUCUAGUCCAACCCCCUGCCUAGGCAGGAAACUACACCAUCUCAGUCAGAUGGUUAUCCAACAUUUUCUUAAAAAUUUCCAGUGUUGGAGCAUUCACAACUUCUGCAGGCAAGUUGUUCCACUCAUUAAUUGUUCUGUCAGGAAAUUUCUCCUUAGUUCUAAGUUGCUUCUUUCCUUGAUCACUUUCCACCCAUUGCUUCUUGUUCUACCCUCAGGUGCUUUGGAGAAUAGUUUGACUCCAUCUUCUUUGUGGCAACCCCUGAGAUACUGGAACACAGCUAUUAUGUCUCCCCUAGUCCUUCUUUUUAUUAAACUAGACAUACCCAGUUCCUGCAACCGUUCUUCAUAUGUUUUAUCCUCCAGUCCCCUAAUCAUCUUUGUUGCUCUUCUCUGCACUCUUUCUAGAGUCUCAACAUCUUUUUUACAUCGUGGCGACCAAAACUGGAUGCAAUAUUCCAAGUGUGGCCUUAGCAAGGCAUUAUAAAGUGGUAACAGACUGCAUUAGUCUGUUGAGCCACCAGAGGCCCUUGCCUCAUUUUACCUCUCCUUAAUUGUAAAAUAAAGAUGAAGUGCUGACAACAUAAAAUCUCAAGUCUUUCCAAU